GUGCCUUUUCUAUCAGUAUACCUGGGAAACUGGUGCCGAAUCUUUCCAGGCGCACUGUCCACACUAUCUGCAUGAUGCCCAGAUUGCAAUGGAGCACCUGGUGUCUCAGCCGGGACCUUGCGGUGGUGGUGGCGGUGCUGCUGCUGCUGCUGCUCUCUGGGGUGGAUCCCAGGCCACACGGGGGCCACGCGUCUCAGCUGCACCUGGAAGGCAUCAAGCGAAGCAUCUUGGAGUGGCUAGGCUUGGACAGGCCUCCGGUGCUCCGGGAGGCUCUGGAUCAAGAUAUGCUCCGGAGGUCACACCGAGUCUACCGGGAAAUGCUGGCUCAGCUCAGAAUGAACCAAACAGCAGGCCCUGAGCCCCCACCAGCAGAGCCAGCACCAACCAUCCAUCUCCUCAGGCCAAAGUUAAAACAAGUGGCUGAAGGUCCACCUAAAAGUUUGGAGGUCCCAGGUGAGCCUCAUGGGCCCCUCCACAGCCUGGAGCUCUCCAGGACAGCGGCACUCCGCCGGGACCUCCUUGUUCUCAGGGCCGAGCUGCGACUCUUCCAGCAGGCCCUCAACCAUUCUGACAUCCCCAACGCCAACUCUGCCGGGCCCACACACGUCAACAUCUACAAACUGGUAGAUGGAAACAGAUGGAGCCCCAGACUUCUCGCCUCCUAUGUCCUCUCAAGAACCUCGCUGACGCUUGACCUCAGAGACGCUGUGGCUCACUGGAUCACAAGCCCAGAGCGAAGACUCCUCCUGGGGCUGGAGUUUUCUACUGAUGUGACUUCCUCACUGGCCACCACCACAACUCUGGAAGGAACCAAGACACUGUCACUAGAGGUGACAACCCAGGAGCGUGUGCGAGUGAGGAAGGCACGGCAGCUGGAUGAGGAGUGUGGAAAGGCUGAUGGGAAAUGCUGCCUGCGGUCCCUGAAGGUCUCCUUUGAGGCGAUUGGGUGGUCCGACUGGGUGGUGGCCCCCAGUAGCUACUCCAUGAAGUUCUGUGAAGGCUCUUGCCCCCACAACUACAAGCCGGCCAGCAUCCAUGCCCAGAUCAAGGCACGGGUCCACAGCCUCUCUGGGGAGACUCCAGCUCCAUGCUGUGUCCCUGCCGCCUAUGAGCCGAUGGUAAUUAUGCUUAUUGGUACCGAGGGGAAACUGGUCACCAAGUUGUUCCAGGACAUGAUUGUCACCCGAUGCCACUGUGCAUGAAGAUGAGAAGAGGGGGACUUCUGGGAGGGCACAUCUCAUCUGCUCAAUGCAGGGACAGGAAGCAAAAGAAGAGCAAGAUUCCGGUCCAUUAGCACCUUCCAGACCAACUAGAUUUCCAGGCCAUGAGCUUUCGAGGGUUUAAGUUCCCUUCGUCAGAAAGAAGACUAUGUUUCCAGUUUGCAGUUUCCACUCAUCGUUAUCUGACAAAGUGAGCAUUGACUCUCAAAAGCUCAUACUCUGGAAAUCUAGUUUGUCUUUAAGGUGCUCCUGGACCUGAAUCUUGCUCUUCUACUAUAGACCAACACUGCUAACUACCUGAAACUAUGCAAAAAGAAGUUUCUUUUAUGGAAGUCAUGCCAAGGACUGCACCAAGUGACAACCUUAUCGGUAUGCUUUUGGGGACGGGCCAGGUUGAUUCUAUGUCCGUACAUUGCCUCUUUUAAAGAUGGUUUACGGCCUGGUUUCGCAACUCCUUCAAUGCCAUUUGGAUUUAAACUGGAUUUGUUUCCCCCUAGGAUGUGAUCUCAAGCAAUCAGGGAUCACAUUGUAGGCAGUACAAUGUCACAGUACCAUGAUACUCUCACAUCGCCAAAUCUGGCUGGGCAUGUGAAAAUGCCCAAUGCAAAAAGAACUUUCUCCAGUUUUCUGGACUCAAGGUAAUUCUGGGGAAGGAGGUUGGUAGACAGGACUGUGCCCCUCGUUGCUUUUGCCCCUUCUUGUCUUGAGUUAUAAGCACUUUAUAUGCUGAAAGGUCUAUAUUUAUAAGCAAUCAGUAAUUAAGAGUACUAUUCUUUGGCCCUUUUGAUGUGCAUAUUGAAAAUAGGUCGAUGUGUGUGUGUGUAUGUGUGUGGGGGGUGUUCUUAGUAAUCCUGCCAAUGAAAUUACUGUGGAAAACCUCCAACUUGGAUUGUUUUCAAAUGUUUUCAUCCUGUCCUGUUAUUUAUUGCUAAGUUAUUGUUUGUAUUGAUGGUGUUCUUGUUGAUAUUAUUUAUGAGGAACCCAA